AUGAACGAGACCACACCUUCGCCCAGUCCGGCGCCCGCGCCGAAACUGUCUGCCUCGCCGAGCGCGGGCGCUAAACGCAAGAGGACGAAUAGCAAAUACUAUGCCGUCAAGAAAGGAUUCAAGCCAGGAAUCUACCACGGGUGGAAUGAUUGCCUCGCCCAAAUAACGGGAUUCAAGGGCGCGAUCUUCCAGUCAUUUCCUACCUUCGAAGAUGCGAACGCCUUCCUGACAGGCGGCAAGGUCAGCGGUUCCUCGACGGGCUCAGAGACGCGAUUCUACGGCAUUCAGCGCGGGCGGAAGCCGGGGGUGUACACCGACUGGGCCGCGGCCCAAGAACAGAUUCGCGGGUUCACCAGGCCACGAUAUCGGAAGUUCCCGACGCGCGAAGAGGCAGAGGCAUUUGUCAAGGAAGGAAGGAAACCGCAGUACUCUACGUUUGGAGAGACCAGGCAGAUAAUCCCGGCCCCUGCAGGGGAAAACGAAACACUCAAACAUGCAGACGGCGCGGAAGAACCAGCCGGAUUUGGACCACUACCAGACGGCGCGGAAGAUGAUUUUGACCCUAAUGUCUUGUUAGACCCGGCCACAGGGAAAGUUGUUUAUAAAGAUGCCUCGAAGAAGAUUGCGACAAAGACACAAGUGGGCGGGAUACCAGGGAUGUUGCGAAUCUACACUGAUGGGAGUUCACUGCGGAAUGGGACCCAGUUGGCAUCCGCGGGUGUCGGAGUCUUCUUUGGUCCUGGUGAUGAAAGCAGAAACGUCUCCGAGCCCUUGCGCGGAAAUCGCCAGACAAACCAGCGCGCCGAGCUGACAGCCAUUCUUCGAGGCAUCGAAAUUGCGCCUCGCCAUCGCGAUGUGACAGUCGUGACGGACAGCCGAUAUGCGAUCGACUGUGUGACCGUGUGGUAUAAGAAUUGGCGACGCAACAAUUGGAUAACCAAGGACGGCAAGCCAGUCGAGAAUAAGGACCUGGUGGAGGCGAUUCUCGAGAAGAUUGAAGAACGCAAUCAGCUCGGAGUGAAAUCGCUCUUUGAAUGGGUCAAGGGCCAUGCUAAAGACCCAGGGAACGAGGCUGCUGAUCGUCUGGCUGUCAACGGGGCCCAGCGAGGUGUGGCCGAGAAAGCCGAGUUGCUGGAAGCCAGUCGCGAUGUGCCCGAUGAGGUGCUGGAGGAGGAUUUUUGA